AUGACUGUAUUCAUGACUACCGGUCCAAAUGGUAACAUUCCACCUGUUAUAGGUGUUCUAGGUGGUGGUCAAUUAGGUCGUAUGAUGGCAAAUGCUGCACAUCGUCUUGGCUUAAAGGUUUUAAUCCUUGAUCCUCUUGGUGCGAAGUCUCCAGCUGGUCAACUUGGUCUUGAAACCGUGACUGGUAGUUUUACGAAUGAACAAGAUAUUGCAAACUUGGCGAAACAAUGUGAUGUCUUAACAGUAGAAAUUGAGCAUGUCAAUGCUAAAUAUUUACAACAAUUACAGGAUAAGAAAGAAGCUAAUUUACAAGGUGUUCACCCAUCUCCAGCUACAAUUGCUUUAAUCCAGGACAAGUAUCAACAAAAACAAUUUUUUACUCAAGUUCACAAUGUUCAAGUCGCUCCAUUUGAAAUUGUACCAUCAUUUCAAGUAGCUUGUCAAUUGGGCAAGACAUUUGGAUACCCCUAUAUGCUAAAAUCACGUCGGUUUGCAUACGAUGGUCGUGGAAAUGCUCUUGUCAAGAGUGAAAAGGAUUUGAUCCAUGCGUUUGAAAAACUUGGCGCAAAAGUAUUAGUGAUGGAAAAUACGUUGGAUGUGGAUCAGACGCAAUUGGCACAAGAAAAGAACAAAUUGUAUGCGGAAAAAUGGGUCCCUUUUGUCAAGGAACUAGCCGUGAUGGUUGUGAAAGGUGCGGAAGACGAUGUCCGAGCUUAUCCCGUCGUAGAAACGACCCAGCGGGACAGUAUUUGUGAUACGGUGCUCGCCCCAGCGCAGAUCCCAGAAGAUGUAGCCAAGCGUGCUCGUGACAUGGCGCAGGCAGCUGUAGCGGAGUUGGAAGGUCGCGGUAUCUACGGUGUCGAAUUGUUUCUAACUGCCACGGGUGACGUGCUGCUGAACGAAAUUGCUCCACGCCCACACAACUCUGGCCACUAUACGAUUGAGGCAUGUGAGACGGAUCAGUUCGAGCAACAUCUGCGUGCCAUUACGGGUUUGCCUUUGGGAAGCUGUGCGCUGCGUGUACCAGCUGCGCUCAUGGUGAAUGUGCUGGGCGAUGCCACGUCGUCUGAAGAUGCGAGCUUCUCGCUGCUUCGCAACAGUUUGAAAAUCCCGGGUGCUGCUGCUCAUUUCUAUGGAAAGGCAGGCGUGCGUCCUGGACGCAAGCUUGGACACGUGACGAUUACGGCGCCGAACCUUGAGGAGCUGACCAAGCGUGCCACAGCGCUGUCACCCGAAUCUGCGAAGAACUCAGGGCUGCUGAAGCUUGAGCGCAAGCCUCUUGUGGGCAUUGUCAUGGGCUCGGACUCAGACCUCCCGACGAUGGCAGCUGCCGCUGACAUGCUGGAAAAGUUUGGCGUACCAUACGAGCUUACGAUUGUAUCGGCUCACCGCACACCUGCGCGUAUGUACGAUUACGCCCAGAGCGCUGCGCCGCGCGGCCUCAAGGUCAUUAUUGCUGGUGCUGGUGGCGCUGCCCACCUGCCGGGCAUGAUAGCGGCGCUCACUCCUCUGCCCGUUGUUGGUGUUCCUGUGAAGACGUCGACACUCAGCGGCGAGGACUCACUGUUAAGCAUUGUCCAGAUGCCGCGUGGUGUGCCUGUUGCUACCGUUGCGAUUGGCAACUCUACAAACGCUGGCCUGCUGGCUGUUCGCAUUCUUAGUGCUGGAGACUCGUCGCUUGUCGACGCAAUGGCGACGUUUUUGGACACGCAGAAGCGCGAGGUUGAUGACAAAAUCGAGAUCAUGGCCACUCGUGGCUGGAAGGAGUACCUUCAGAACAUGAAAAAACGUUAA